UUCUUUCUUUCCUUUUUUUUUUUUUUUAAGAAAAAAAUGUUUAUUAGCAGACCACCUAAGGGGUUUGAAUUUCUGUUAACUUUUUUUUUUUCAUUUUCUGCAUUCUCCAUAGAUGUUUUUAUUUUUGUUUUGGAGACAGGCUCUUACUUUGUGGACCAGACUUGGCCUCCAACGGAUAGGGAUCCACCUGCCUCUAUCCCCUCAUGGGUUCCACCACGCCGGAAACAAAACAAAGAAAAACAAAACACCCUCAAAUUAUAUCAUUGUCUGAAACUCUGGUGUAGAAUGUGGUGUUUGAAGUAUCAAACAGAUGACAAAGGUUCUCUCUUUCUCUACCCAAAGUGUACUGGCUCAAUCACAUGUAUUGUUUUGAAGACCAAUGUGGACACAAUUUACUUUCCAAAGUGGUUGCAUUACCUGGCUACAAUUUUUUUUCCUCCACAUGGCACGUUUUAAAUUCUGUUUUAGACAAGAACUUGGGGCUUUUCUUUAGAAUUUGUGGUGCCACAGGACCAAAUAGAACACCUCACAGGCAGGCAGGCAGGCUUGCAAGCGCUCACAGGCGGGUCUGCCAUGGGGCCUUCAGAGGAAGGGAUUUUGUUCGUACCCCGCCUAGGCCGGGCGCACAAGGCCACACAAGGCCCGCAGGCCCACAGCCCCCCGGUUAGGUACGGCCGGCGCCGGGGGGCAGCGAAGGGGGACGAGCCCGGACCCGCAGGGAGAGGCUUGGGGCGGCGGCGGGGCGGGCCCGGAGCCCGGUGGGGGAGGAGCGGCGGCGGGGCUGCUGUGGCGACCGACGCGCGGCGGUGGCGGAGACCCACCCCCGUCCACAUGGACAGUCGCCGAGGCCUGGGCUGAUGCUCUGACGCCUGGGCGGGGUGGGCGGGCGGCGGCGGCCACUGCUGGAGCAGCGAGGGGUCGCGGGCGCCUGACGGUCGCGGAGCCCUCGCUCGGCUCGGCGCUGCGGCCAUUUUACGGCCCGGGACGCAGGAGGCGUGUGAGCGUUCGCUUCGUUCUCCGUCCUCCGGGGCCAGCGGCGGAGCGGAGAGGAGCUUCUCCGAGGCCGGCGCGGGCGGUGGAUGGGGAGUCGUGUGCUGAGGGGAGCCGGGCCCGGGAAGCGCCGCCGCCGCCGCUCACGGUCCCCGGUAGGCGCCUGAGGAGAAGAAACCCAGGCCGUGGGCCUCACCGCCUCCCGUCAGCCCGCGACAGGCCCGCUUUUGUGUGGGGGCCCGGCCGGCGGGGAGCGCCCCUCGCGGACGGUCGAGCCCGAGGCCCGCCACCCUGCGGCUGCUACCCUCCCGACGUGCGGCCCCCAUUCCCCGCGAGCACCGCGGCGGUGCCGGCCAUGGAGUAAGAAGGAGGCGGCGUGGGAGGAGGAAGAUGGCGGCGGGCAAGAGCGGUGGCAGCGCUGGGGGUGUUUUCCUGAAAGCUUUGGCUAGAUCAGAAUCUAAGAGGGAUGGAGGCUUUAAAAAUAAUUGGAGCUUUGAUCAUGAAGAAGAAAGUGAAGGAGAUGCAGAUAAAGAUGGGGCAAAUCUACUCAGUGUAGAAGAUGAGGAUUCUGAAACCUCAAAAGGAAAAAAGUUAAAUCGGAGAUCUGAAAUCGUUGCUACUAGUUCUGGUGAUUUCAUCUUGAAGACUUAUGUAAGGCGAAACAAGACUGACGGCUUUAAAACUUUGAAAGGCAACGCAAUUGGACUUAACAUGUUAAGCAACAAUAAGAAACUGAGUGAAAACACACAAGCUACGGCGUUAUGUUCUGGAACUGUAGUUCAUGGUAGACGCUUCCAUCAUGCCCACGUACAGAUGCCAGGCAUCAAAACGGCAGCUCAGAGGAAAGAAUACCCACCUCAUGUCCACAAAGCCGAAAACAACCCUGUAAUGUUAAGUCAUGGCCAAGGCGGAGACCAUGUAAUGAAGAAAACUGAAGAUUCAGAAUCGUAUGUAGAGCCUGAAGUUAAGAGGAAAGUACAGCAGAAACGGCACUGUAGCACUUACCAGCUUUCUCCUCUGUCCCCUGCCUCAAAGAAGUGUCUGACCCAUUUCGAGGUUUCUGAACAGCGUGAAUGUUGCCCAAAAUGCGGAAAAGAAAAAGAAAAUCAAACCAGAUGCCAAAGUUGUGGUAUUGUUUUUCAUAAUGAUUUGCAAAGAAAUUGCCGACAAGCAGUAACGUUGAAUGAAUCUACUGGACCAUUGCUAAGAACAUCAAUUCAUCAGAACUCUGGAGGACAGAAAUCACAAAACACAGGAUUAACAGCUAAGAAGUUUUAUGGGAACAGUGUGGAUAAGAUUCCAAUUGAUAUUUUGCUCACCUGUGAUGGUAGCAGACAUAAUUACAUACAGACAAAUGGGAAAGUCAUUUUACCUGGAGGAAAAAUACCUAAAAUCACAAACCCGAAAGAACGAAAAACAAGCGUGUCAGAUUUAAACGAUCCAAUCAUUUUGUCCAGUGAUGACGAUGACGACGACGACAGGACUAAGAGAAGAGAGAGCACGUCCCCGCAGCCUGCCGACUCAGCAUGCUCCUCUCCAGCACCGUCUACUGGGAAAGUUGAAGCCGCACUGAAUGCAAAUACGUGCAGAGCAGAGCAGGAACCUAGAAGCAGUCCCGCAGAGUCUGAGUUAAAUACCGUUGUCAUACCAAGAAAAGCAAGAAUGAAGGACCAGCUUGGUAAUUCCAUCAGCACACCUCUAAAACGUCGUAAAGUAAACACUCAUGGAGCUUUAAUUCCCGUUACAUCUUUAAGCUGCCAAGACUUUGGCAGUGUCAUUUUAAACUGCCGAAGUAUACGAGUUGGAACACUCUUCCGACUGUUGGUAGAGCCUGUAAUUUUUUCUUUAGAGUUAAUCAAGAUACGUCUAGAUGGACCAGAUUCUGUAGAGAUUAUUUUAAAUACCUCUGAUCUAACUAAAUGUGAAUGGUGUAAUGUCCGCAAAUUACCAGUAGUGUUUCUCCAGGCAAUACCAGCAGUUUAUCAGAAGCUGAGCUUGCAGCUGCAGAUGAGCAAAGAAGAUAAAGUUUGGAAUGAUUGUAAAGGAAUAAACAGGAUAACGAGUUUAGAAGAACAGUACAUUAUUUUAAUUUUUCAAACUGGCCUUGAUCAUCAGGCAGAUGUGGUCUUUGAAAGUAUCAUUACUGACAUUGGUAUAAGAAAUAAUGUUUGCAACUUUUUUGCAAAAAUUCCUUUUGAAGAAGCCAACAGCAGACUUGUUGCCUGUACAAGAAGCUAUGAAGAGAGCAUCAAAGGAAACUGUGUGCAAAAAGAGAACAAAGUGAAAACUGUGUCCUUUGAAUCUAAAAUACAACUUAGAAGCAAACAAGAAUUGCAGUUUUUUGAUGAUGAAGAAGAAGCUGGAGAGAGCCAUACAAUCUUCAUUGGCCCUGUAGAAAAAUUGAUAGUAUAUCCACCACCUCCAGCCAAGGGAGGCAUUUCUGUUACUAAUGAGGACCUGCACUGUCUGAGUGAAGGAGAGUUUUUAAAUGAUGUUAUUAUCGACUUUUAUUUGAAAUACUUGGUGCUUGAAAAACUGAAGAAAGAAGAUGCUGACCGAAUUCAUAUAUUCAGUUCUUUUUUCUAUAAACGCCUUAAUCAGAGAGAGAGGAGAAAUUCUGAGACAACUAAUCUGUCGAUACAACAAAAACGGCAUGGGAGAGUGAAAACAUGGACCCGGCAUGUAGAUAUUUUUGAGAAGGAUUUUAUUUUUGUACCCCUUAAUGAAGCUGCACAUUGGUUUUUGGCUGUUGUUUGUUUCCCUGGUUUGGAAAAACCAAAAUAUGAACCUAAUCCUCAUUACCAUGAAAAUGCAGUCAUGCAAAAACCUUCACGUGCAGAGGACAGUUAUGUUUCUUCUGCCAGUGAGGUGGAUGCUUGUUCACAGAACUCUGCUGCCAAGCCUGUGAUUAAGAAGAUGCUACACAGAAAGCAUUGCUUAGCUGUAACCGAUUCGAGUGCUGCACAGGAAGACAGUGAGCCUUGUUACCGGAGAAACGCAUACAGUGUGAAGUGUAGCAUGAAAAAAAAAAAUCAUGCUGUCCAUGAAAAUGAAGAACCAAGCAACGGAGAGUCUGCAUGCCAGGAAAUUUCUGAUAGAACUGAAAGUGAGCAUGGCCUCCAGGAUGAAUGCUUAAAUUCUGCACAUCAUCCAGAUGCCUUAAGCAAAAUCAGACUAAACUAUGGUGAUCAGUCAGCAGAAGGUGGAAAACUGCUUGAAGAUGAGCUCAUUGACUUCUCAGAGGAUCAGGAUGACCCGGAUGAUAGCAGCGAUGACGGGCUCCUUGCUGAUGAAAACUACAAUUCAGAAAUAGGACAGUGGCAUUUAAAGCCUACUGUCUGCAAACAACCUUGUAUUCUACUUAUGGACUCACUCAGAGGCCCUUCUCGGUCAAAUGUUGUCAAAAUUCUAAGAGAGUAUUUAGAAGUGGAAUGGGAGGUUAAAAAAGGAAGCAAAAGAAGUUUUUCCAAAGAUGUUAUGAAAGGGUCCAACCCAAAGGUUCCACAGCAGAACAACUUCAGUGACUGCGGUGUGUAUGUACUGCAGUAUGUAGAGAGCUUUUUUGAGAAUCCAAUACUAAAUUUUGAGCUCCCUAUGAAUUUGGUGAACUGGUUUCCUCCCCCCAGAAUGAAAACAAAAAGAGAAGAGAUCCGAAACAUAAUUUUGAAGCUGCAGGAAGAGCAGAGUAAAGAGAAGAGGCUGCUGAGGGACACCUCCUCAGCGGAGACAUCCUUAGGGGAAGGGGCGGAGCAGUACGCCAGCAGUGUCUCAGAGUGACAGGAGCUGGGCCUCGAAGGGUCGCCUUCUGAAGGACACAGCAUUCACUUUCGGGUGUCGACAGUAAAGAGCCAGAGAGCUCACUACUCAGAGACUUGGGGUGAUAAAGCCUGUACAGAUGUCAUAAGUGAUUUCCAAAGGAGUGUGUAUUAAGUAAAAGUCUGUAAAUAUGUUAAUGAGGCCAACUUUUCCAACAUUUAUAAUUAUUUUUUUCACUUUUAGGAAGCCUUUGUUAUGUAUUUUCUGUUAAUAGUACUAAAACUGCAACUUCUAAACACAAAUAAAUAAAAUAUUUAUAGGAGGAAAUGAUUAAUUUGAUAUUCUUUAGUGAACUUGCAUAAUUCCUCAGUGUGAUUUUAUUUCAUGGGAAUAGAAGUAUCUAUGAUUUUUUUUUUAACCUUUGUUCUAAAGUAGUAAAAAAUGUGAAAAUAUAAUUGUUAAAGACAUUUUAAACUAAAAGUGCAUCUUUAUAUGCUUGCAUAGCAAGAAAAAUUAAUAUCUUUUCAAUUCAUGCUUCAUCUGUUCUGAGAACCCCCAAAGUAUAGUAACUAUAAUUUUACACAAAUACUUAAACGUCAUUAGGAGCAGUCAAAGACAGCGGGCCUUGACUUCUAGUGAAGCGUCCCUGCCCCAGCACCCCUGCAACUCAGGCGAAAGCCAUCCUGCAGGUGCAGCUCGAGUCUCAGAGCCCAGGAUUACCUUUGCAGUUUAUCUUCCAGUUUGUGCGAUGGGACUAGUUAGGAACAUUUUUAAUCUGUGUGAACAUAGGGUUUCAAGUAGGAAUUUAUUUUCUGUAUCUUUUGCUAUUUUUCAUUAUUUUGUCCUCAUUGUUUUGAUAAAGUACCAGACUUUUUGCUUGGGUUUUUCUGAGUAAAUUAUUUUAAAAUGCAAACAUACUCUGUUUAAUUGCAUAGUGCAGCAGAAACUCUCGUUUUCAGUUUUCUGUUGAAGGAGUUGAGGAAAUGCGGGGUUGGGCCUGCCUGGAGUUCAGUGGUGCAGUGCAGGGUUAACACGCGGGAAGCCCCUUGUUUAAUCCCAUGUAGCAAAUAAAAUAGAAAAAUGUGAAGCUUUGGAUGCUACAUUUGUAAUCCAUGUGGAGUUUUUGUGUAUAUUUCCAGUUAAGUAUAAGACUUAAAAUAUGUAUUUUAGGCCAUUUUUGUUAGUGAUUUUUAAAUGCCCAUACAACAACAACAACAACAGAAAGUUGAGAAUAAAAGGCCACUUUGUCAGCAGAUACUUUAUUUUUAAUGUGGCCAUCUCUGGCCCUGUGAGCCACGAUUUAGACCGUUAAUGGGUUUAGUAAUCGGGGAGGUUCUAAGUGGGUGAGGAUGUUAACAAGCCUGACUGCAGUGACAGCCGAAUUGAGUGUAAGGAGAAGUCACCUUGCUGCGACGUGUUUUCUUUUUCUACCUUGACCCAUCUUAAUUUUCUCACUUCCGAUCACUUCUUUUUAGUAAGACUUUACAACUGCUUAAAUAUGUUUUCUAAUUUAAUUUUAUUUAUAACUGAAAGCGCCAACAUGCUUUUAUUCUCUACUGAAGUUAAGACCAAAAAAGAAAUAGGGAAGAAUUAAAAAAAAAAAAAAACUUAAUAGAAAGUAUAAACAAGGUUGACAAACUUUAUUUUUAAAAUGGAUUUUAGUUUGCCAAAAUUUUAGGAAACUCAAAAAGUUCCUGUAAGGACUAGUACAGGCCAGUUAAUACCUGCAGCUGCCCCGGGGGCUGAGGGACUUGACCACUUGAGCCUGGCAUUUAAAGGUCAGCCCGGAAUACGGUGAGACACUGUCUCAGACAAACCGAAGGAUUUAAAAUGCUCGUGAUGUUUUUGUUUGAUUCUUGGUAGCUAUAUUUUAUGGUGUCAGAUAACUUUUGAUAAGGUAAAAUUAUAAAUUAUUCCCUAGGCUAAUUCUGAUCAACUUUUUUUUAAUUUCUAUAUGAAAAAUUAGGAUUGCUGUGUGUCAACUUUCUAGAGGUCGAACACUGAGCUCCUGGGGUUUUGUAAAGCUUUUUCUUGUGCUGGUUAUGCUAAUGCCCUUCUAACAUGCACAUUGACAUCUUUGGAUCUGCUGGGUUCUACAGCAGGACUGGACAGGACCUUCAGAGAGGUGCAUUUGCUUGAUAGUUGUGUCCUCUGGUUCUUUUAUAAAUAGUUUAAAGUGGAGGGUUCCCUUUAAAAUGUGUGAUUAGUACAAGCUGUGAGACAGCACUUUGCAGUCAGAAGCCUGUCACUUGACACCAGAACUGCCUGAGGCUAUCUGGUGACUCCACUAAUUAGAUAGAGCUGCUGGAUUGGUUUUCUUGUUGGAUAGGAUAACAGUUAAUCAUUUUUAGAAGAGUUUUAGAUUACUUGCCAUAAAAUUUGUAUGUGUCUGAGCUCCUGGUAGUUAGGAGCAAAGGUGCUGUUAAGUGGUCUCUCUUCCCUUUGGCAUUACUGACUUCAGACAGCUGAGAACUUGACUGGGUCAGUCCCACUCAAACCUGGAACAGUUAGCUUUUCUUCAUGCAACUUGUGCUUAAUCGAGUCAAUUAAAUGCAGAAGAUUUUAUUUGAAAGCAUAAAAUGAUUGGCAUUGUGUUUUGUCUCCAAAAUGAAUUCAGUAUUUUUCUUCAAAAAGCCCAUGUGUAGUUCCUGAAGACUGACUGUCAAGAUAAAAGGAAAUAGAACACCCGUUCUCUCAGAAUUGCCCUUAAGACUCAGUUCACUGAGUCUGUUUUGAUCAGGAGUUGGUGGAAUGAUCUGAGGAAAGAAGUAGCCGCCUAAGGAAUGAGGCAGGGUAGCAUUUGUUUAGAGCAAAAAGACCCUGAAACUGCUCUGUGGCGUGAGGAUGGUGAGGGCAAGCUGGAGACCGGCAGUUCACGUCCAGGGUGAGGUGUUCGGAGCAGCGUUAAGUGAGUUAGACAGGUUUCUCCACUGAACUCUUUUAGGCUGCCGCGUGGUGAUUCACAUUCCCAGAUCAACUAGAGUGAACAACUUAAGAUGUUUUGAGAACUAAACUUCAAAAGAAGAUGGUUUUGAAACUGAUCUGAGGGUUUAAAAAACAAUUUUUUCAACAGUUAAUUAGAAUUUUGAAAGUAAUGUGGAUUAGUGAAAUGGGGUUUUAUGAGAAGCUUUUAAAAAACACGAAAAUAACUUGUAAGGAAAAGGUUAUAAAUUAAUUUUUUCACAUUAAUGAGUUUAUUUAGGGAAAAGAGAAUUGAUAACUUUUGUAAGGUCAUCAGAUCCCAAUAAACAUAUGAAAGUAGAAAUUGUAUAAAAAUGGAGUGAAUUAAAUGGCUUUCUGGAGGCUUUUCCCUUUUCUCUGACCUCAUUGCUAGAUUGAGCUUCCACUGACUUCCACUCCAUUUUUUACAUUAGAAAGGUGAGCUUCAUACCUAAAGGCAUGGGUUUGUUUUAUUGUUUUUUGGUCAAAAUCUCUGCAAAUUUUUUUUGUAAGUGAGAAUAGCUUUAUUAACAAUUUGAAUGUGUUAAACUUGCUAAAAGUUCAAACUUAUGAAAAGUUAUCGUAAUUAGCUUUUAUAGGUGACUGUAAAGGAGUUUAAUUAAUUUUAAAAUUCAUUAAGCAUUUUGUGUUUUGAGCAUCUACUAUAUAGUAGAGGACCAAAUAGACACCGUUCCCACUUUACAGUGUGCUGGGAAAUGCAUUAAUCAGCCUCACAAAUGUGCGCCAGCCAAGCAGCGUGUAUAAAGGUGUAAUCUCCAGAUCUCUCUCAGGUUAGAGACCUCCUGAACGGGUGAUACUGAAACACUGCUAGUAGUCUAGGGAGGAAGAGUAAGGCCUGAAGUAGAAAAAAUGAUGCUUUUGCCUAAAAUGAUAAUUGCUUCGUUAAUAAAACAUGUACUAAGUGCUAGAUAUUGUUUAGAGCAUUUGCAAUGAAUGAAUUUACUUCCUUAAUGACUUUAGGAGGUUUGGAUACUGCUAGUACUUAAAUUUUAUGAGACGGAUAGGUCCAAAGAGUUUCUUGAAUUCACUGCAUUUAAGUCACUAGGUUAACCUGUGCUUGGUGAGAUUAGGUGAGUAAGAUUCUGGUGGUUUCCUAGAGAUGCACUGUGGUAGUCUUCAUCUCUGAAGUAGGGUGUAAGGGGUUGCUCUGACCUCUGCUGUUUUUAAACGAUGUGUAAACAGUUUGCAUAGUUUCUUCGAAUGCCUUUUACAGCCGAGUUCAGUGAAGUACACAGAGAGGCUGGAAGCUAGUCAUAAAGGGCAGUCACUACUGUGAAAAGGUACUGAAGCACGUCAGAACAGAGGAGUAACAUGAGCAAAUGUGAAUGCAGAGAAGAUCAUGGAUGGAUAAAAAGGGGACCAGAAGGACUGCAGUCUCAUAAAGUUCCCAGCGUGAGGCAUAGAAUAAUAUGCCUGUGUGGUAGGAAUGCUGGCAAGACACAGUGGUCCCAUUCGAAAUGUUCCUAAAAGGAACAAAACACAAAGGGCUGUUUUUUAUCCCAGUCAGAACUUGUGUUGUUUCUUAACAAGUGAUUCAAAGGAAGUCAAGCAUAUACACUGCUUACAGUAGGAAACAAGCCUAACGUUAGCCAUUACUAACAAAAUAGGCUGUAGAAGCCAAAUCAUCUCUAAACCCUGUGACACUACCAAAGAGAUACAGAGUGUUAAUUUUUUUAAAUGAAGCUUUCUAUUUGUAAAUGUAAACCUCACAAAAGGAAGAUGUAACAUUGGAAUAAAAUACCAGUGUCCUUCCCAGAAAAGACUAGAUGGUUGUAACCGAAGUCAUCCACGCUUGGGCUAGAUGUACAAGACACCCAAACUCGAAGCUACCCCAGCGCUUGCAGAGUUCUGUACUCCCUGUCCCCUUCCGUCAGCUGACUGGGCCCAAGGAAAGAGCAGGCACAGGAAGCAGUGGGGAUUAGUAGAGCAGAUGUAGGGAUUGGGAGUUCAGGUUGAAAUGGCAAAUGACUUGCAUAUUGGGAGAAAGAAAGUGUGAAAAUGGCAGUCUACUAAAUUACCUAUUUCAAGAUGGACUUUCUUACCUUAACCUCUGAAAUAAGACUGUAUUUUAUCAAAUAAAAUUGACUUCGUCUCAAAAUUAAUCGAAAGCAUAAAGAUGAGUUGCCAAGCCUGGUCCCUGGUUACUGACUCUGCACUGUAGUCCUUAACUUUCCUGUCCUAACAGAUUACAGGCAAGAGCACACUUGAGAACCACACAUGGCUUCUUAGCAAUGUUGCAGGCAGCUGUGGAAGCCUUGAUGCACCGGACAUCCAUCCCCACACUGGCUGAAGCACUCUAUGAGCCUGUCUCCUACCUGUGUUUUAUACCUGAACUGAGGCAUGUAAUUAAAGUUGUGAUCUUUUUUUAUUA